AUGUUAUCAAAAAAUACUCGUAAACUUUUUACCAUUUGCAAUUUAUCAUAUAAUCGAAACCCAAAUAAUUUAUGUUUCUCAAGGUUUAAUCUAAUAAAAAAAGAUUGGAUAAACGUUCGAAGUCAUAUACCACGGGUACAAAUAAAUGUUGAAAGACGUCGGAUAAAACCUCAAAUUUUAAAACCGAUUUUAUUCACAAUUUUCGCCUCAGGUGCAUCCUUCGCUGUUGCAUUAUUAUAUUCGGAAAAUCGACGUAGAAAUGUUAGACAUUCUUACUGGUAUGGACUAGAUGAAUAUUGGUUUAAUAGGAAUAAAUCAGGAUUUUCCAAAACUACUUUUGAAGAUUUAAAUAAAUCAAAAUUUUAUAAAGAGAUUCAAAGAAAUUGGGAUCUUUUAAAGAAACAAUGGUAUUCAAUUAGUGAUGGAAAAAAAACCAUGGCAAUUUUAAUUGGUAUUAAUGCUAUAGUUUUCGGGAUGUGGCAAUUGGUACCGUUACAAGCUUUUAUGAAUAAAUAUUUCGUUCAUAAUCCACUUUCCGUUAGAUUAAUUACCUUACUCACUUCAACAUUUAGUCAUCGUGAAUUUUGGCAUUUUGGUUUUAACAUGAUAGGAUUAUAUUCUUUUGGUGAUAUCGGAUAUCAUAUUUUGGGAAGGGAACAAUUUUUAGCAUUUUAUCUUACCUCAGGAAUGAUAGCAUCGUGUAUGAGUCAUGUCAUAUCUUUAAAAUUUAAAAAUUGGAAAAAUAUAAGACCAUCAUUAGGAGCAUCUGGAGCUAUUUAUGCUUGUUUAAGUUUGGUAGCUGUGGAAUUCCCUGAAGCGUCAGUGGUUUUGAUAUUUCUACCUUUCUUUCCGAUAAAGAUAAUUCAUGCACUUCCGGCAUUAAUAGCAUUUGACAUAUUUGGUAUCAUUUCUGGAAAGACUAUCUUUGAUCAUUGGAACAUAAACAUUGAUAAUUUUAUCAUAGGAACGCGGUCAUCAACGAAUAGACGUGGUAAUCGGUUUUUAGAGUGGCUUCCUUUUAAAGAAUUUGAGGAUGUAACGAAAAUUGGUGGUAUAAACUAUGAAGGUAUCAUUAAAUAUAAUAGUUGGUUAGAAUUUAAUAAAUCCGAAAAAAAACGACUUGAAAUGGUUGAAUCCAAAAAACCAUUUGUAAAAAAUCCCGGAUAUGAGCAUCCUAAUUCUAGAUAUUUUAGCAGAUCAUUAAAUUCUAUGUUAGAAUCUAUUAAUUCAACAAUAACAGGUAUUUAA